CACGCUAAGGACGGAAUCUCAGCUGCCCAAUCCAGAGGCUCCGUAGCCCCGCCGUUGAUUUGGGCACCGGAUCAGUUUGGAUUCUGAUCAAAACAAAAGUAGAAACACUCUCGAAGUUUUCUUUCCGUGUAAGCGAACGAAACACACUCGAUCGGCACAACUUGCCCAACUUUCCCUGAAACCUAACCCCUUUUUUCUUGGCAUAAAUAGUCAGUUUCUCAAAAGUGCUUUGCCCCUAUAUACUAUUCAACCCCAUGGCCGAGGCAACUACAAUCUUGUACAAAAGGAUAUUGUUAGUUUAUAUUUUUUUGGGCUUAACAGUACUAUCUGAAUCAGCUCCAGAAAGUGCUCUUAUUACUCAACUCCCUGGCUUCAACGGCUCUUUCCCAUCCAAACACUAUUCUGGAUAUGUGACUGUGGACCCAAGUAAUGGCAGGAAUCUGUUUUAUUAUUUCGUGGAGUCGGAGGGGAAUCCGUCUCAGGACCCGGUGGUUCUAUGGCUCAACGGUGGACCAGGCUGCUCUAGCUUUGACGGUUUUGUCUACGAACACGGGCCAUUCAAUUUCGAAGCCGCAGAGAUUUCAGAAGGUCUGCCCCAACUGCAUCUCAAUCCGUACAGCUGGUCCAAGGUUUCCAAUAUACUCUAUCUAGACUCUCCUGCUGGUGUUGGGCUUUCUUACUCAAAGAACAAGUCUGAUUACACAACCGGUGACCUAAAGACUGCGUCCGAUUCGCAUACAUUUCUCCUCAAGUGGUUUGAGCUGUAUCCGGAGUUUCUUGCCAACCCAUUCUUCAUUACGGGAGAGUCAUAUGCUGGAGUAUACGUUCCAACUCUUGCUUAUGAAGUCGCCAAAGGUAUUGACGCAGGUACAAAGCCAAUUCUAAACUUCAAGGGCUAUAUGGUGGGAAAUGGAGUUACAGAUGAGGUCUUUGAUGGCAAUGCUCUUGUUCCAUUUGUUCAUGGGAUGGGCCUCAUCUCAGAUGACCUGUUUGAGGAAGUUACCAAUGAGUGCAAAGGAAACUACUACAAUCCACUCAGUGAAACUUGUGAGAGCCAGCUCGCCAAAGUUGACAUGGCGGUUGAAGGUUUGAAUAUAUACAACAUCCUAGAACCAUGCUAUCACAGCUCACCAACAAAAGAGCCCAAAUAUGAUAAAAUUAAGCUGCCAUCCAGCUUCUGGCAGUUGGGUGAGACUGAUAGGCCUCUUGCUGUGAGAAAAAGGAUGUUCGGUCGUGCCUGGCCUCUUAGAGCUCCUGUAAGAGAUGGCAUUGUUCCAACCUGGCCACAGCUCCUAAGUAGUCAAGUCGUCCCAUGUACUGAUGAUGAAGUAGCAACUAUAUGGCUGAACAAUCAAGCCGUUAGGAAAGCAAUUCACGCUGAAGAGGAAAGCCUGGCGGGAGCUUGGGAGUUAUGUACUGGCAGAAUCAGAUUCAGUCAUGAUGCUGGGAGCAUGAUCAAGUACCACAAGAACCUUACUUCCCGUGGAUUUCGAGCACUCAUCUUCAGUGGGGAUCAUGAUAUGUGUGUUCCGUUCACUGGGUCUGAAGCUUGGACAAGAUCAGUUGGAUAUAAGAUUGUUGACGAAUGGAGGCCGUGGACCUACAACGGACAAGUUUCCGGGUAUACACAAGGAUAUGAGAACAAUCUUACAUUUUUAACAGUAAAGGGAUCUGGACAUACAGUUCCAGAAUACAAACCAAAGGAAGCUUUGUAUAUGUACACCCGUUUCUUGGCCGGAAAACCAAUAUAAAAAGAUUCAUCUCAGCUGUUGUGUUUACGUACUGUGAUAUAGAAACUCCUCUUCGUUAUUUAUGAGAUGAGAGGAGCAUGGAAUAUUUGUAUUGGAUGUUAAUUAAAUUGUCCCACUGAAAUAUUUGUACUUUCUUUCUUGAAUAAUUCACUUCAAAUUAUAUAUGGUGCCAACGUAUUUUGUCUUUACA